AUGGUGGCCGUCAGCACAGCCCUUGCCUCGCGGCAGCUCUUCUCGAACAUGUCCCGUCGGAGCAUGAGCUCAACAGCCCAUCUGCACUUCCUCCGCGAGUCUCUAAUGAGCAGCAACACCAACAGCAAUAACAACAACACCGAUAAACCCGAACGCUUCUCCUCAGCAGAUCUAUCAUCAGCCAGAAUCUCUCACCGUCCUCCAGCCGUGAAAAAGGGCUCUCUUGGCUCCGGCUCUAUCUUUUCCGACGGCGAGGUAUCGACAUCCGGCCCAGCGCCUAAACGGCCCCCGAAGAAAGAAGGAGAUACUACUGAAGACGUGGAGCACUCUACUGCCCUUGUCGACCGCAACCGAGACACGAUAUCUCGCACUCUGAUACCCCAUCCCGAGCGACGAGCCCGAUGGGAGCGCAAGAUGGUCAUCCGCGCCGUCAAGAACCGCGGCCAACUUACGCGUGAAGAGGCGAUUCAGCAGAGCGAGCGAGAGCUACAGAGUCGAUCGCACUGGUUCAAGACGUCGGUGAAGAAGCUGGGUCCUCUUGCAAGACAGGUGGCGGGCAAGAAGGUCGAGGACGCGAUAAUGCAGAUGAGGUAUAGUAAGAAGAAGGCGGCGAAGGACGUGUUGGCGUUUCUUGAGCAGGCGAGGAAUGAAGCUAUUGUCAGUCGAGGGAUGGGGAUGAAGUCGGCGGAAGACAGUCAAGAGGUGGAGAUCAAGUUGAAGGAUGGAAAGAGGUAUACUGUCAGGAACGAGAGGGAGAUAUAUGUAGACCAGGCGUGGGUGAACCGGGGCCCGUAUGGAGUGGACUUUGACCACCGGGCGAGGGGACAGAUCAAUAGGCUGCGUCCGCCGUAUACUGCGUUGGCGGUGGUGUUGAAGGAGGAGAAGACGCGGGUGAGGGAGUGGCGGGACCGGACGGAGAAGGCACUGAGGGAGAGGAGGGAGAAGCUGUGGGUGCAGAUGCCUGACCGGAGAGUCACGGGGCAGAGCCAGUAUUAUUCCUGGUGA